AUGACGCCUACUCCGCUGCCUGCAACGCUCUCUGGCGAUAUAGACACGCUGAUGAUCGAUAACUUCGAUUCAUUCACGUGGAAUCUCUACCAAUCACUCUCACUUCUCGGCACACAUGUCACUGUCAUCCGUAACAAUGCCCUCACUGCAGACCAGCUCCCCCUUCUCCGCAUCAACCGUCUUAUAAUUAGCCCGGGUCCUGGACACCCAAAGACUGACUCGGGUGUGUCCAGAGAUGCAAUCAAGUAUUUUGCAGGUAAAGUUCCAGUUUUGGGUGUAUGCAUGGGUUUGGAGUGUAUCGUCGAUGUAUAUGGUGGUGAAAUCGGUUAUGCCGGCGAAAUAAAGCAUGGAAAGCUGUCCCCCAUCACCCAUGACGCCCGCUCCAUCUUCCUCUCCCUCCCGCAGUUCAUCCAAAGCACCCGAUACCAUUCCCUCUCCGCAUCUCUCCUUAGUUUGCCCCCUUGUCUCAUGGUCACCAGUGCCACCUCUGAAUCGGGUGUCAUAAUGGGCGUCCGCCACCGCACCUAUGUCGUCGAAGCUGUACAGUACCACCCAGAAUCCAUAUUAUCAGAGGAGGGUGAAGGUCUCCUUAGGAAUUUCCUCUCCCUAAAAGGAGGCACUUGGGAGGAGAACCCCCACGCUAAAGUGAACGAUCCAGAGAUGCCGCCCUUCCCAUAUGAAGCUCUCACAGACAAGUCCAAAUCCAUUACCACAGAAGCCGCCAAGUCCUCUGCCCCCUCCAUCCUCACAAAAAUCGCACAAAAACGCACCUCUGACGUCGAAAUCUUGUCCAACACCCCGGGGCUCACCCUCCCAGCCUUAAACGCGCACCUCUCCUUGCACCUUGCACCUCCACCGAUAUCCCUCUCCAAGCGGCUGCUCCAAGCGCGCAACGGGAUGGCACUACUUGCCGAAAUCAAGCGCGCGUCGCCGAGCGCCGGAUCAAUUGCCCCACAUACAUCUGCCCCACACAUGGCACUAUCCUAUGCCCUCGCCGGUGCAAGUGCUAUCAGCGUGCUCACAGAACCAACAUACUUCCACGGCCACCUCGAGGACAUGCGGGCCGUCCGAUCGGCCAUCGACGGGCUAGAUUGCAGGCCCGCUGUGCUCAGGAAAGAUUUUGUCCUCAGCGAGUAUCAGGUUGUGGAGGCCCGCCUGGCUGGCGCAGAUAGUGUUCUUCUCAUCGUGGCUAUGCUGGGUAAGGACAGGACACGGGCACUGCUCGAGUAUAGCAUGACCCUCGGCAUGGAACCUUUGGUGGAAGUAAACUCUCCAUCCGAACUUCACAUUGCGCUCGACGUUGGGGCCAAGAUCAUUGGGGUGAACAACCGGAACUUACACUCGUUUGUUGUUGACAUGAGCACGACUUCGGGCGUCGCAGAGGUGCUGGAGCAGAAAGGUAAAACUGGAGAGGUCAUCUUGUGUGCGCUGAGUGGCAUCAAGAGUCCCGCUGAUGUGCGGGCGUAUAGGGAGCAGGGGGUGAAGGCUGUCCUAGUCGGCGAAUCACUCAUGCGCGCAGAAGAUACGGGCAAGUUCAUAAGAAACUUAUUGGACUGGGAUGAGCCUAUUCCAAAAUCCCCCUCUUCACCCGAAAUCCCAAAAUCAACCCCCCCUACUGCACUCGUAAAAAUCUGCGGCAUUCUCACCCCUUCCGAAGCCCUCAGCACAGCAAAUGCUGGCGCAGACUUCCUUGGCCUCGUCUUUGUCCCCAACUCAAAGCGCCGCGUGACCGUGCACAUUGCGCGAGAGAUCUCUUUGGCUGUGCGCAACGCCUUCCCGCUUCCUGAUGACGAUGACGAUGAGGGUGAGGCUGAAGAUGAAAAUUCGAAUCUACCCCUUCCGUGGUUCACAUCGCACACCCAUGCCUCCUACAUUCCAUCACACGCGCGCAAGGUGCGGCCCCUUCUCGUUGGAGUCUUCCAGAACCAGCCCCUGCGCUUCAUUCAGCGGGUCGUGCGUGACGUUGGCCUCGACAUAGUGCAGCUGCACGGCUCAGAACCCAUCGAGUGGGCCAGGAGCAUCGGGGUCCCAGUCAUAAGGGUGGGCGGGGUGCCUCCUCCUCCAGCGCCGGAGUCUGCUCCUGAAGAGAAUCCUGAGAGCACAAGCGAGGGGAACGAGGCUGAGGAAACUCACACCGCCCCUCUUCCAUCUCCAGAUCCCCUCGCGAUGCUCACGACACCCGGAUAUCAUCACUUUAUCCUGCUCGACACCACUUCCUCCGCUCAGUCCUCGUCUCCCAGCGGUGGUACGGGAAACAUUCUCGACUGGUCGCUCGCAGCAGGUCUUGUGAGGAAGGGCGAGGUGCCUGUUAUUUCUCCGGACGUGAGCAUCAGCGCAUCCCUGAGCAGCGCCGUAAACAGUGCUGGAGAACAAAAUGACGAUGACGAACGCACAAGCACCUUCCCUCUCCCCCUUAUCCUUGCUGGUGGACUCAAUCCUUUGAACGUGCGCGAAGCGGUUGAGCGUGUGCAGCCGUGGGUGGUGGAUGUGAGCGGGGGCGUUGAGCGUGAUGGGGUUGAUAGUGAGCUUGAGAAAGUGGGAGGAAGGAAGGACGAGGAGAAGGUGCGUGCGUUUGUGAAGGCUGCCAAGGGGAUGGAAUAG